GUUACGCAUACGCCGAGUGUGACAAGCGCAGUUUUGUGACUGGCAUUAGCUUUUAACUUGACUCUUCGUUGUUGUCGUUUGUUGUAUGCAAAUUGGCUGGAACAGCAACAACAACAACAACAAGAGCGACGAGGCAGCAAAACUUGUGCCGUGACAGACAGAUCGAGAGCUGCGACCGAGGUUCAGGUUUGUAAAGUUUGCAUUGCAUUUGUCAGCUAGCUCAUUAGUGUGCCUGAUUGUUGUUGCUGUUACUGUUGCUGCAGCAUUAUUUAUUUGACAUUUUUAACACUUGGCUUACAGCUGACAGUUCAGCGCUUUUUCAGCCUUUUGCGCUAUUUACACACUUCCAGCCAUAUUUGCCAACAAGCGCAAAUUAGUUAACUGCAUUGAGUACAUUUUUUUAAAUUGUUGCUCUUCUUCUUCGCUUUUGUUGACUUUUGGCAUUAGCUGCCUCACUGACUGCCAGACUACGUCGUCUUCUAUAUAUUUGCAUAUUUGUCUCAGUUCGUGUGCUUGCAAAUAAUGGUUAACUUAAUGCAGAUUUAGCAUUAGUAAAUAUAAAUAUUUCCGUUGCAAGCUAAUAGGAAAAUAUUCGGAGAAAUUUCUUCAAUCGAUCAAACUUCAAAAUUAUUUGGAAUUUUGUUUAUAAUAAAUAAUACAGAAGAGAAUGAUUAAAGUGGAAAGUUGAAAGAUAUCAAUAAUUUAUUGAGGCCAAAACAACUUGACUUGUUUAAUCAAUUACUGAGAAUUUAGAUGACAACUUUUAGUUUGGACUUUUGUCAAUAGAAUAUGAAAAUAUCGAGUUGGCAAUGACAUAACUUUAUUAUGUCUACACUAAAUAUACGUGGAUGUCUUAUUAACUUAUGACCGUCCACAACAAAAUUGCAGUGAAUGUAGGCUUUAAAAGGAUUUAAGCAGGUGAUCGAUUCGAUCAGGACCCCGAGGGAACAGCAUGCAUUCCGACUAUAUCUAUAGAGGGUAUAGGAAGGCUCGUCGAAACUUCUCGCUAAAAACCUAUUUCUUGCUGCUUUUAUGGUGGAUUUUGGCUGCGGGACAGUGGGUGAUGGUGUGUUUGGUUAAAGAGAUUCAAGAUGCAUUCCGGGAUCAUUACUACAUAAGUCUGGUGGCCUUCUUUUUAUCAAUUUUUAUUUUUGCUCUGUUCCUCUUCAUCGAGAGGCUGCGCUACAAUGCAGUUCUGUCCAUCAUAAUUUCAUUUCUUAUUGUAGAGUUGCAAAUUGUUGCCCUCUUCAUGCUCGUCUCUCGUUCUUAUUGGGGAGAAAUGCUCCUGUACUUCGGGAUCUGUGUAGUAGCAAUAUUUAUCUUUGUGAUCAUCGGAUUGAUUGUACCAAGACAGAUCGAUUGCACGCUCCAUAUAGCUUUACUUUUUAUACUCGCCUUUCUCUUUCUUCUUAUCACCGUCUUCUUUCUUAUGCAUCAACUACUGGUCCCAGAGAUGUGGAAAGACAUUAAAAAACAUGGCUUUUAUCUGAUUCAGAUUCCAAUUACAAUCACCAUACUAUUAUUUGUCAUGUACCAUGCACAAACUAUUCAAGGAAGCCGAUUUGCGGAGAUGCGACUCAAUGAUUUCUUGCUGGCAUCGCUAAUUCUCUUUCAUGACUUUCUUAUCAUUUAUUGGCUGACAUUCUACUGGCAAUACAAGGAAAAACCCUUCACACCCGACAAAAUUUUACGAACAACGGCAGACUCAACCAGAAGAAGAAUUCUUGGAAAACAUACUGCUGCAAUACCCGGUGAUGCAGAGAAUACUAUGCAAACUGUCAUUGAAGUAACGGACGAUUAUUACGAUGCUACUAUUGUCACAUCCAGUAAAGCUAGUGAAGUCGAAUCUAGUAUUGAAGUAUCAAAGUCUACAGAUGUCGAUUAUUACUACGAUAUUGAAGUAUCAAAGUCUACUAUUGUCACAUCCAGUAAAGCUAGUGAAGUCGAAUCUAGUAUUGAAGUAUCAAAGUCUACAGAUGUCGAUUAUUACUUCGAUAUUAGGGAAGUCCCUUUAGCAAUGACAUACGAUUCUAGCGAUACUAUUUUUGGAAUAACCGGCGAUACUGGCGAUGAACCAUCAGAAUCCUUUGGUGAUGAAAGCAUAAUGUCCAAUAAUAAACCUGAAGUUAAGGUCCUGUAUGCUCCUCAGCACACAUCAGAACCACUAACAAUAACUUUUGACUUUAUGAAGGACGAUAUUGCAAGAGCAUCGAAGUCAAUGAUUCAAAGAAGCUGGGAUCGUAUAACAAAAGAUGAUAGUGACAUGUUUAUUAACAUUAAAAAGCCAACUGAUAAUCAUAUAUCUACUGAAGAGCUACGUCGCUAUAACGUUGAAGAAACUGAAAUCGAGUAUAUGUGACAAGUAUUUAUUUAUGAUUUACUUUUAGAAUUAAAAAAAGUAAUGAAUGUAAUGAUGUUUAAAAAAUUACCUUAUAUUAUAUAUGACAAUAUGACAAAAUUUAAAAUAUUCCAGAUACUUUU